GUAUACUGGAACCGACGUCCGUGGCUUUAGAUCUGCCAUGUCAUUGAUUUAGUAGCAACUCAGCUUCUUUUAGCUAUUGCUUGUGUGUGCAUGUCAUAUGCCACAGGUUGCUGUCAGGGUAGUGGAAAAUCGUUGGCAUAAUGAACAUAGCGUCAUAUUCCAUGUGCGUGUACUGUGGUCUGGGAACAACGUAUGGGACCCGUUUUUAGAACCCCACCUGUGACUGAGGCGCGGGCACCUCAUGUCCUCUGGCGCGGCGCCCUGCACUAUGUCGUAAAGGCAAGCGGUCAGUGACCGACCAUAACCUUAUGCGGACGCCCCCCCAGUGAUGGGACAUGGAGGACCAGGGACCCCGUGUCGCAGACUAUUUCGUGGUGGCCGGCCUGACCGACUCCUCCACCCCUCUGGGCCAGGAGAUCCACUUCGACGAUGUCUGCCACAAGACAGCCAAGCCCAAACCGCCAAUCACAGACAUCGCCGUGGUGAUGCGCUCGCUCGGGGAAGAGGUGCCUCCUGGGUACAUUUGUGUGGACACCACGCCCUCAGGGCUGUCAGCUGACUUGAACAACGGAAGUCUCCUCGCGCCACAGAUAUUCCUGUGUUACAGACGGGGGCGGGACAAACCACCGCUCACAGACCUGGGAGUCCUGUACGAAUGGAAGGAGCGCCUAAAGCAGGGCUGCCACGUUGUCCAGACAACACCGUCUGGUCGCCCGGCCAACAUCAGCUCCACGUCCUCCCAGAGGAUCUACGUGACGUAUCGCCGCGCCACAGAGAGCCAGACCUACGCCGCCUUGGCCGUCACAGACGUCUGUGUCAUCAUCCCCGGCAAGGGAGAGACGCCCCCACACACCUUCUGCAAGGUCGACAAGAACCUCAACAGUAGUAUGUGGGGCUCCGCGGUCUACCUGUGUUACAAGAAGUCCGUGGCCAAAACACACACCAUAGCCUACAAAGCAGGUCUGUUCAGCCGGUAUCCUAUGGAGGACUAUGAGUCGUUCCCCCUCCCUGAGUCUGUGCCUCUGUUCUGCUUGCCCAUGGGGGCGUCCAUUGAGGCCUGGCCGGCACACACCAAAUACUCCCUCCCUGUGUUCUCCACGUUCGUCCUCACCGGAUCCUCUGGAGAGAAGGUGUAUGGGGCUGCAAUCCAGUUCUAUGAGCCCUACUCCCAGGAGUGCCUGACUGACCUACAGCGCUCUCAGCUGGGCCUGCUGGACCACAGGCUGUCUGCCGAGGCCACGUCCCUGGCCACGUCCCUGGCCACAUCCCCGGCCAUGUCCCCUUCCGGCCCGGCAGCUGGCCCCAGGUCCGUCCACGCCAACAAGUGCAUCUGUCUGCUGUCUCACUGGCCCUUCUUCGACGCCUUCCGCAAGUUCCUGACGUUUCUCUACCGAUACUCCAUCUCCGGACCCCACUCCUUGCCCAUCGAGAAGCACAUCUCCCACUUCAUGCAUAAGAUCCCUUUCCCCUCGUCUCAGAGGCCCAGGAUUCUAGUGCAGCUCUCACCUCACGACAGCCUGAUGUUGAGCCAGCCAGUUUCAUCCCCUCUGCCUCUCAGUGGUGGUCGGUUCUCCACGUUGCUGCAGAACCUGGGUCCGGAGAACGCUAUAACCUUGCUGGUGUUUGCAGUGACGGAACACAAGAUCCUGGUCCAUUCUUUACGCCCGGCUGUUCUGACCAGUGUCACUGAGGCUCUGGUGUCUAUGAUAUUUCCGUUCCACUGGCCGUGCCCAUACAUCCCUCUGUGUCCGCUGGCCUUGGCGGGCGUCCUCUCCGCCCCCUGCCCCUUCAUCGUGGGCGUCGACUCGCGCUACUUUGACCUUUACGACCCCCCGCUGGACGUCAGCUGUGUCGACCUCGACACAAACACCAUCUCCCACAUCGAAGACAAGAGGGCCCUGACGUGGAAGAUCCUGCCAAAGAAAGCGUGUAAAAACCUCAUGAAUGUGCUGAGCAAUCUCUACCAGCAGCUGGUGGAUGGUCAGCAGCGUCCUGAUGGCCUGUCAGACCUAAGUGUGAGUGACUGUGCAGAGCUGGCAUGUGGGAAGAGCCUCCACACCCUGGACAUGGAGAUACAGGAGGCCUUCCUGCGUUUCAUGGCCGCCAUCCUGAGAGGCUACCGCUCCUACCUGAGACCCAUCACGCAGGCGCCGUCCGAGAAGGCUACCGACGCAUCCUCUCUCUUCGACCUGCAAGGGUUUCUCAAGAGCCGGGACCGUUCCCACCAGAAGUUCUACUCUCUGAUGACGAAGACGCAGAUGUUCAUCCGGUUCAUCGAGGAGUGCUCCUUUGUCUCAGACAAAGACGCCAGCCUGGCCUUCUUCGACGACUGCGUGGACAAGCUCUAUAAUUCCGAGCGCAGUGCAGACAAAGGAGUUAAGGUGGACAGCGAUAGGCCAGAUGAGACCAGGCUGAUAGAGAUCGACGAAUCACAGCGCAGCGAGCACACAGUUUUCAUCACGCCGCCAGAACUUCCUCCUCUGGCCGAAGGAGAGGAGUACCCUCUCUGCUACAGCUACUCAGGGUUCCCAGUGUUGAACGUGGAUCUGUUUGACCCCAUAGAGGGUCUCCAGACCAAAGCCUCUCGCCUGGCCUCCCGUCAGAGCUGUCCCACCAGCCCCGCACCCAUGUUCAGACGCACCAAACAGGAGAUCAAGCUGUCCCAGAAGACAUCAAAGAGGUACUCGGCCGUGCCCCAGAUGUGGUCCAAGUGUCUUCUGCGCCACUGCUACGGCCUGUGGUUCAUCUGCCUCCCGGCCUACGUCAAGGUGUGCCACUCCAAGGUGCGGGCGCUGCGCACCGCCUAUGACGUCCUGCGGAAGAUGCAGGCCAAGAAGCUUCAGCCCCCCGAUGAGGUGUGUUACCGGGUCCUGAUGCAGCUGUGCGGUCAGUACGGCCAGCCAGUGCUGGCGGUCCGGGUUCUGUUCGAGAUGAAGAAGGCUGGCGUCCAGCCCAAUGCCAUCACCUACGGAUACUACAACAAGGCCGUGUUGGAGUCUACGUGGCCCUCCAGCACCAGAGGAGGUUACUUCCUGUGGAUGAAGCUGAGGAACGUUGUUAUGGGUGUGGCUCAGUUCAGGCAGGGUCUACGGAAACAUCUGGCUCCGCCCACACAGAGCCCUCUGUCAGAUGGCAGCGACCUGGAUGCGGUGAGUCACGGUAGCCUGGAUAGCUCUGCGGAUGCUAACACGGCCGAGCAUGGCCCCUUCGCCCCUGACACCAUCAUCGUGGACCCCACUGACGACAGGCAUAGCACAGUCAGCCAAGGAGAUGGGGGCUGGGGCGGUGUGGGGUCAGACAGCCAAUCGGGUCACUCACACUGGGGGGGUUCUGACCUCCACUCCCCCCGCCACUCAGGCGAUCAGUCAGACCUGGGCUAUAACUCUCUGUCUAAAGAGGAGGUGCGUAGAGGAGAGCCCGCCCAGACGGAGAGGGACAGCAAGAAGGAGAGUGACUGUAGCUCCUUGUCAGAGACAGAGAGUGCCAAGGGCAGCGGGGACUGUCUACCCCACCUGGACUUCCCAGAGGCCAACGGCCCAUUCAGACGGCAUAAUUCAGGCAUCGUCCGGGGCAACUAUCCCUACGACGAUGAAGCCUGUGAGCCCAAGGGUUCCACCAGCACAGAUCAUGUAGCAGGUCUCCUGUUCACCUCAUCUCUGGAGGAGAUCGGUGUUGUUCAGGCCAACAGUCUGAGGAGGAAACACCUUGGUGUACUGGAGGAAGGAGCUGACAACAGUAGCCGGGGAGGAGGUGGCCUGGACUGGCAGCGUGUGAGGGAUCUCCGGCUGAGUGGAGACCACAGGGUCGGCGGCGGCAUGGCGUUCCCGGGACCCGGUCCGGAAGAGGCCGACCCUGCCAGGAUCCUGAAUGGGACCGGUUUCAGUCAGAACAACAGGCCUCAAACCUUACCGCUGGGAAGGUCAAGGGGGGCUGCCGUGGCGACGGGUCGUAACACCAGGGGCUGCAGGUGUAGAGGGAGUCCAGAGGAGGGAGGAGAAGGUGAGGGGAGGCACUCGAGUGAUGAGGAUAAGAACACAGACGCCAUCUUUGAUUUGGAGGACCUGGACCUCGAUAGACCAACCACAGAGAGCGUUUCUAAAACCGGCCAAUCACGGAAAAGGACGGUGCAACGCAGCUCCAGCUAUGGUGGCGUGGGCUCCGCCUCGCGUGGAACCGUUAAGCGUACGGGCAUCGAGAUGGGCUACGAUCCGCUCUCCCUAAUGGCGGCCAAGUCCGACUCCCGGCAGAGUCAGAGGAACGGGGAGGACAGGCAGGAAAUAGAGACAGACGAGGCUGUGACCCCAACUGCCCGCCGCCGAGACCAUCUGGCCAGGGAGAUCGAAAUGUACAUGAACCACAUGGGGUCACCUGUUAGCAGCCGCACCCCUAGUAUGGACCUCCAGGACCCCUCCAGUCCCCUGUUUCUCCACCCACCUCCCCCACUCAUCGCCACCCCCAGACGGGCUAGCCUCCCACACAGCUCCCCCCUGAGGGCAGGAGGGGUGCCACGUUCCAGGACCUACCACGCCCCCUCGCCCUCCCAGCCCGCAAGACAGAGGCUUUGGUCCUCUCCCUCGUGCCCCAACUCAACACCAAGCCCUCGCCCCAGCCCGUGCCGAGAGAGGGACAGAGACCUGGAUUUGGUGUCACCCUCUCCCUCCUCCUCAUCCUCUUUUGCCCUGGACCAGCUCCUCACACCCACCCUGGAUGUGUUCAGGAGUAGCGUGUUCUCCGCAGGGAAGGGUGUAGCUGAGAAGGCCAGUCAGUGGUAUUCCCGCCUCGCCACCUCCUACAACACGCCCACCAAGGAUGGUAACAGUGACCGGCUGAGUGUGUCCUCCCUGGGCAUGGACCCUGACUGCUCCUCCCUGUUGGACCUGGAGGAGGAGGUUCUGAUGGAUCCAGAGGGCUCCAACGCCUCCCCUCAGAAGAAGUGCCCCGGGCCCCAUCGGAGCCCCAGAAGAAGCCUACCCAGACCCAGCCCCGUGCGGACCAGAAUGGACAGUCCCACGCUCAGACAGCAGGGCUUCCCUUUUCCAGACCCGUCAGACUUGGGUUCGUCUCGCUACACCAGCAGCACCAGUAUUUUCCAGAACUGUGCCAUGGAGCUGCUCAUCUCCAGUUGUUCUCGGUGUAAGACUUGUGACUGUCUGGUUUACGAUGAGGAGAUCAUGGCAGGAUGGACAGCAGACGACUCCAACCUCAACACCAUCUGUCCCUUCUGUGGAAACCCUUUCCUACCUUUCCUUAAUGUGGAGAUCAGAGACCUACGGGGUCCGGGAAGGUUUUUCCUGAAGAGCAGUCUGUCUGCAGAUGAGGCUGUAUCGUCAUCCUACUCUGUGUCCACCGGUCUGGACACCGAGACAUCGAGCGUGUCAACUCCCUGUCCAACCACAAUCCUGUCCCCGCCCUCCCCCAGGACCAACAGGGCCCAGUGUAUUGAGAUACCUCCAGAGCGCCGCCAGGGGGCGCUGUCCCCGGGAUCAGCCAUGGUUCGCAGUGUCAGCGUCUUUAACCCCAUGGAGGAACCGCCCAGAAUCAACCCCUCCACUGGCUCCCUGCCCAGCCGACUCAACGAGGCCACCGACCCACAGAGCGUGGACAUGGACUGGCGUCUCCACCACCCCGACCCGGUGACCGUGCCCUACCUGAGCCCCCUGGUUCUGUGGAAGGAGCUGGAGUCCCUGCUGGAGAACGAGGGAGACCCCGUCAUCACAGCUUCGGACAUGGUGGACCACCACCCCAUCAUCUACUGGAACCUGGUCUGGUACUUCAGACGGCUGGACCUGCCCAGCAACCUGCCAGGCCUCAUACUGACCUCAGAGCACUGCAACAGGGGAUCGACGGUCCCUAUCCAGUGGUUGUCAGAAGACAGUAAACACGUGUUGAUCCAGAUUCUAUGGGACAACCUGAAGCUGCACCAAGACCCAGUUCAACCCUUCUACAUUCUCUGGAACACACACAGGCUUAAUUGUGCUCUGUUUUUAGACAGUGUGGGUUACCCAUUGUGUCGUCCUGUGAGCGAGGCUGAGCGUCCGUUUGGGGAGGAUCUACUUCAAAGCGUGGUGAAGAGCAUCCAGAGGAAUGACGUUUCCCGGCCAAUGGGACAACUUCUCACACUGCUGGGGCAGAGCCUGGGGACCAAGAGGCAAAGGAGUUUGUACAGAGAUAUUCUGUUCCUGUCACUAGUGGCGCUCGGAAAGGAUAACAUUGACAUCGAUGCUUUUGACCGAGAAUACAAGAUGGCGUACGACCGUCUCAGCCCCAACCUGGUGAAGCUGACGCGCAACUGUGACCGACCGCCCAGCACUGGCGUGAUGGAGUGCCGCAAGACGUUCGGAGAGCCCUACCUCUGAACUCUUUUCCGACCGCUGACCUUUCACCUCCGACCCCUCAGCCUGUGAACACCUGUGAAUGUUAUACCAGGAGCCCUCCUGGGGAGGGAUUGAUGGGGGGGGGGGGGGCAUUGAGGAUGGAGGAAACGAGACGUGCUCAGGAAGCCCUUAGGAAACACUUGGCAGAUGGGAGUUUCUAAACCAUAAGGUUCUUGCUGGGGUCAUCUCCGUAACCUGUGAGGAAAGUGACGGGGGUUGGCUGGAACACCAAGGAGUGCUGUUAACUAGACUCUCUCGGGAAAAAGGGAUUUUUAAUCUCAUCACUUCUUGGAUGUGGAAGUAACUGCCGAAGUUGGGCUAGAUGUUGGAGUUCUCUUUAUUUUGGUAGCUACCUGUAUCAUAGUGAUUGACCUAAUGGUUUCUCACACAGAAACUGUCCCAUUUCGGGGUACUUAUGUUUUAGAGAAGUCCUGUACAAAUUAUUGUACAUUGUAAACAAAUGCAGAGGGUGCUGUACAUACAACAUAAUAGCAGAAACUUUUUAAAAACAUUUGUAUCAUAUUAUGAUAUAUGGAGACUAAUAUGAGCAAUAUUUUACCUAACUUGAAUUCUAUUUAUACAAGGAAAGUAUUUUAUUUAUUUUUUUUCCGCUUGAUAUGGUGUUCCUGUUAGUUAGAGCAUCCUCUCCUUCUGUGGUUCAUGGGAUAAGUCACCUUCAUGGGGUUAGUCACCUUCAUGGGGUUAGUCACCUUCAUGGGGUUAGUCACCUUCAUGGGGUUAGUCACCUUCAUGGGGUUAGUCAAAGGGUUCAUCCCAGGCUGAUCAUAAGGCUGCAGCAAUCGCCUGCCUCUGAUUCUUUCUUCGACCAAAGCUUUGUCCAGUGAGCAGGUAAUAGUAUUGCUGAAUCAGUUACUCUUCCCCAAGUAAUUACAAAACAGACAUCUGCUGUAGUUUUGACCUAAAAGGAACUCUGAAGUCUUUUGCACAACAUGCCGUCACAUGUGGGUGCUUGAUAUACAGUGUGGUCCGUAAGUAUUUGGAAAGUGACACAGUUUUUGUUAUUUUGGCUUCCUACCCCAGCAGUUUGGAUUUCCAGUGGUACGGUGAUGAUGGGGUCAAAGCACAGACUGUGGAGGGUUUUCAUCCAGAUCAUAUUAAUCACUUUGAAGUUACAGCAUGUUUAAUACAUAGUAGCAUCACCAGGGAGGAUACCCAGUACAGGCCUGGCAGAGCAUCACCAGGGAAGAUACCCA